UUCGUGUCCGUUCGCUGUUCUUAAGGUCACACAACUCAAAAACAAAAGGGAGGAGAAAAACACCGGACCAUCAGAGAAUGUGAACGAGAGUAAAGUUUCCUCGGAUUUUGCGACUGGGAUCCAACAUUCCUUCAGUGCGUCUGGGCGUCGAGCCGGGAGAAAGUCUCCCCCUUCUCUUUGUCUAUUUUCUUUUAAUUACAGUUUCGCGAAAAAAAACUUUCGCGUCACCAGAAAGAGCAGCCACAUUCAGAACUAUUUUUCUUCCCCUCUCUCCCCGUGCUUGGGUUGUGACUACAAGGGAAAAAACCCUCCCACCGUCAGAGAGAAAGAAGUAAAGCUGCAAGAGAAGGGGGUGGUGUGUGUGUUUUUGGGGGGGGGGGGCAAAGUUUUGUUGUGGGGCUGCUUUUGUCUGAAGUUUUGUUUACACACACAUCUGUGUGGUGUGCGCGCCAGAGAAAAAUUGACAAAGGCUUGGUGUUCCAUGUCUGCCAUGGAUCCAAAUCCUAUUCCGCCGCCAGGACAGACCAUCGUUCGCGUCUUGGGGGACUCCGAGACCGACCUGGAAGCUUUAUUUAACGCGGUGAUGAAUCCCAAACCCGGCACCGUCCCGCACCAGGUGCCCAUGAGGAUGAGGAAGUUGCCCGAGUCUUUCUUCAAGCAACCCGAUUCGGGCUCUCACUCGCGGCAGUCGAGCACAGACUCCAGCAACAACCUGCCCCAGCUUCAAGUGCAGCACAUCCGCUCGCAUUCCUCUCCCGCCUCGCUGCCUGUCAGUGUGAACCCCAACCCACAACAAUACGGACACCUCCGGCAGCAGUCCUUUGAUAACAUCGACGAUGUCCCGUUGCCCCCCGGCUGGGAAAUGGCCAAGACCCCAUCCGGCCAGAGAUACUUCCUAAACCAUGUAGACAGGAUAACAACAUGGCACGAUCCCCGGAAGACCAUGAGCCAGAUGAACCUGAACACAGCUGGCACAUCAAACCAGAUGCAGCAGAGAUCCAUGGCCGUGCCUCAUCCAAAUCCUGUGAUGAACCAACAGCAGAUGACUCCAAACACCAGUGUGACUCCUUCUGGUAUGCCCUCCCAGAAUCCUCGGAUGGCCAUGAUGAGCCUCUCCAGCGCCAUGACAGUGCAACAGAAACACCAGCAGAAGAUGCGUCUCCAGCAGAUCCAGAUGGAGAAAGAGAGAAUCAAACAUCUGCAGCAGGAGCUCAUGAGACAGGAGAAGGCCUUAUAUAAUCAGAUUCCCAAUCAGAUUCCCAUUGAAUCAGAAAACAUCCCCACAGCCCAGAAUGCUGUCUCGACACCAGCUAUGACACAGGAGAUGCAUGCCAUCACAAAUAAUGGCUCGGACCCCUUCCUCAGCAGUGGACCAUACCACUCACGCCAGGCAAGUGCAGACAGUGGUUUAGGAUUGGGAAGAACACCUGAAGACUUCCUGGGGCAUGUGGAAGAAAUGGAUACAGGAGAAAUGGGACAGACUGCAAUGACCACAAAUCAGCCCAGUCGUUUCCCUGACUUCCUGGACUCCCUGCCUGGAACUAAUGUGGAUCUUGGGACCCUGGAAGGCGAGGACCUGAUGCCAAGCCUGCAGGAGCCCUUUGGGUCGGACAUCUUGCCUGACGUGGAGUCCAGCCUCAAUCCGAAGGAGACUUUCCUCACUUGGUUGUAAUCACUGCAGGAAGCAAGAGGAAGGAAGGAAGGAAACUGAAAAUGGAAAUUGAGAUGGAGUUACCUUUUCUGCUUGGAUCAGAGGCACAGUGCCUCAAGUAGUGCUUUUUGUUUGCCUGACAACUUUUAUGUUCGCCCCUACACCCCGAAGUGGUAUAUGCUUGUCAUUUAACUAAAGGCGGCUAGCAGUAUUUUAUAUGAACUAUAUCCUAGAACUAUCUCGAUAUCUUUGAGCUUCCACAUAAUCAUGGGAUUAACCUCUAGUAGAAGAUCAAAGAUUCCACUGCUUGUCCUGUCUUGCAUGGCCAAAUGGAUGAUUCUUUUUCCUUAUUAUAAUAUUAUUAUAUUAUUAGCAACUAAAGGAGGAUAAAAAAAAAUUGAACUUAAGAGAUUAACCAUUUGUUUUGCAACUGGGAGUCUGUUUGGUUCAAGCUUGAUGGAAAGGUAGGGUGGGAGAGGGGGAGGGUGGGGUUUGGGGAGGAGCAUUCAUACACUAGUAGUUUUGGUGACCUUUUAUCAGGAGAUUGAAGUGAUGCCAAGCACCUCUCAUCUAUUUAACAUGAACAGAGCUUUAAAUUUGUUUGUAUUGUUCAAUAUAUAAAAUAAUGUACAAAAAGGUGAGCAAGUUUGGAGUCCAAGUUUGGUCGUCAUGACGAUGGUAGCCAUUGGCACAUGAGGCACCUCUGCAGUUUUGGUGGUUCAUGUCGCAGCUAUAUAUUACCCUGUCAUUUGCUAUUACUUAUUUCUCAUGACCUAGAUGAUAGGUUUAUCACAGUCACACAUCCUACCUUUGCCUGUUAUAUUUACUGGAGGUGUUAAAGAUUUUAAAGCAGUCUUUAACACCUCUGUAAAAAGAGUGGACAGGGCAACAUAGUGUGAGCAUGCUGAAUCCCUUAAUUUCACCAUUAGCUUCUAGGCAUCUCAAUUUUCAAAGCUUUGAGAUUAUAAUGUAGCUAAAUUUAAUGAUAUACCCUCAUAGUUUGUUGUUAUAAUGCUAUAUGCUGUAAAAAUAGACUUUGCAAAAAAAAGCUACCACAUUUUUAUCAAGUGACAACUUAAAUCAUUUUUUAUGAAAACUUUUUUUAAUUAUUAUUGUAAGGAAACUUGGAUUUUGGAUUUUUAUCACAUUGAAUACUCGAAUUGUUAUACAAUUUUUUAAAAAGUUGGAAUUUUCAUCGGCUCUUAAGUAAGAACCCAGAAUGAUAAAGAAGGAAAAGCUGUAAUGGAUUGGGAACAUUCAUGGAGGAACGGGAUGUAUUAUACAAGUUGGGAGUAGGACGGAAUGAUGGAUUUGUACCUUUGUUGUGAUGGGUUGUGGGUCAAAGUCCAUAUGAAGAUGCCCUCAUUACAAAAUAAGGCCUGAUACACUGUUCUAAACAGUCUGAAGGAACUUACCCAAUCCCACUUGACCAACAACAGAGUCCCUUCUUCGGGGAAUUGGGUCAAGAACGUAGGGGGGAGGGUCGGAGAAAGUGGUUGAUAUAAAAUGAAUUGGCGGUAAAUAUUAAUCAUUCAUUUUAACUACAAGCGGUGAGGUUGGACCUGCCAAUGCAGUCUGUAGCAUGCACUCUUCACGAAAGGCAGUGCCUGAUGUAUGGGACUGUAUUAAAAACUCUGUGGCUGCUCUUUCUCUGUAUUCACGUAAGUGCCCAACACCCAGACUCAGUAUAAAGCGUGGGUAUGGGAUUUGCAGGACCUACUUUAACCACCUUGUAUCCCUCCCCCACCUCCCUUUUACUGAUGAGCAGUUACAGCAAGGUCACCAAAUGAAAAAUAGUGGAACAAAAAAUAAUGCAGUAUUGGACAGAGAAAGUUGUUGAGCUUGUUUCAUGCAUUAUGCUCUGUGGUUUGUACAUGAGACCCUCUGUAAGUGAAAUAUCCCUGGGACAGGCAGUGCAGAAGCAAGAGAUUGUAAUGGAAGACAGACCUUAAUACUUGUUUAAAGGCAAGUUAAGGCCUCAGAGCCAAUGUCCCAUCACCCCAACCUUGGCAUGAUACUCCAGUUCCCUUGCCUUUGUUGCAUGUGUUUCUGAAGGUGUGUGGGGUUUUGGGUGGGUGGGAUUAUGAGUGAUUGGGUGGACCUUGUGGUAGUGAGGAUUUGCAAUCAAGGGAAGUAAUCACUUCAUGUUCACUUUAGCCAGUGGUGGGAGAGAUACUGGAGUGUGGGGUGUUGGAGGAGACUCAAGGCCCGGCUCUUUCCCUGGACUCUCUGUUCCUCGCACCAAGAGGUAGAAGGACAGAAAAUGGUGAGUGACCAGAAACAAAUGGGGUUAAGGAAGCUGUCCUUCGCCUCUCUAAUAUAAUCUGAAUUUAUCAACUUCCUUCAGAUAUGGAAGGCUCUUUCCUUACAGAAUUGGCACUGUGUCUGAUUUUUUUUAAAGAAGCUUGGAAUCUUAAUGUGAGUUGAGUGAAUUGCACUUUUAGACCUUAUAGUUAACUAGUUUCUCUUAUUAUUGUAAAUUUGUGUUAAUCAACUGACCUUUUAGUAUCUCUUACCAAACUCUGCUGAAGCUUCUGCGUUAUCAAUGUAUACUCGAAUCUGGGCAGUGAGGAGGAUCUUUGAAUUGAGUGUUCAGAAUCUAACCUGCCAAGGCAGUGAUAUCACCUGAGGCAGUUCUCCCCUUCAAAAGUGUCUGUAACCUCCUUUGUAAUGGAAGUUGGCCAAUGGAUCUAGAAAUUAUCCAGAAGGAGUGCGUAUAGUGACCAUUGCUUGUCAUCCCCUCGUAUACUGAACAGGCCACAAUAUUUAUCACAGCUCUUAGGAUAAGGGCAAAAUUCACAAGUUGGUCUUUGGUGUAUCCAAGAUGUGUGUGUGUGUGUUUGGCUGUUGGCUGUACUCACCUCCACACUUUUGGUUGUCUGCAGUGGAAUGGAUAAUGUAAGGACAACUGGCAACCAAUACUUGCAUCUAGCACUGGCAGCUGAAGACAGAUGUCUCCCCUUGGCAGUAUUGAGGAACUUCAUGGAAGGUACAACAUGGGAUUUGUAAAAUAGAAAGGCAGCGGGGAACAGGUGAGAAAGUUAGGAUGACGACAAUAUUUUAAGUAUAAUUUUGGAUAAUCUAGAAAAGGAGUAUUGGAGCUCAAAUGCAAAUUGGACAAAGCCUGCUUGCGGGCACAUCAGUCUGAGCUUCUGAGAACUGCUUCAGAAAUUGGGAUUAUCAGUUUAAAAUAUAUUACUUCUAUUACACUGCAAGCAUUUUUGUCACUCGAUUUAUUCAUACAGUAUGGAAGUUUAGUAUGUUUGUGUCCUUAUUUUUUGAACUUGGGUUAUUUUGUACUGAGAUGUGUGAACAUUGCCUGUAGCAGGGUAAACAUACAAGUUGUAUGUAAACACAGUUCAGUUCUGGUUUAAAUCCUUGCAGUUCUGUACUACAAGCUUUAAAAAAAUAAAUAUAAUUGGAUUUUA